AUUCAACCAAUUUUUUAAAUAAUCUUUCUUUUAAUUCCGAGAAAUGAUGUAUUUGUCCGACAUAACAUGUGUUUUUGCGAUCACGUAUGUAUAUUUCCACAAAGUUUCACUCUUUUACUACUGAGUAGUACGGAUACUCAGUUUAAAAUAUAGGAGAAUACAACUCUCUUCAAUGGAAAUGUUUAUAUUUUCCAAUAAUCAAGUAACAAAAGUAGCAAAAACAAUUGAUUUUACUCAAAAAUGUACCCAAAGCACUUAACUUCUUAUCUCUAUGCUAUGGAAAUGGACGCAUAAAAUCAAUAUCUGUUUCCUAACACAAUUAUUUUCAGUUUCAUUGUACGUGAAAACUUUGCCUAGUCCAUUUCGGGGACGUAUUCAAGAAUGAGUUCAAAUAAAGUUUUUUGCAGCAGAACCGAAAAACUCCUAUUGGAAUGGGAUUUACAAGAAUUAAUUCCUGAAUUCAGACGUAAAGGAAUAAAUGUGGAAGUUUUGAAAAGUCUUUCCGUGGAGGACAUUGAUUUAUUGAUACCAGAAGAAACUCGUUUCGGUUUACGAAUUAUUUUUAAGAAAAAAUUACGUGAAUGGAAAAAACAAAACAAUUUUGGUGAUAUAUCAAGUGAUGGGAUCAUAGUUAAUAAGACUUAUGUAGACAACUCAGUAGCAUCAAACAACGUUGUAGUUGUCAACAUCUCACCAUUUCCAUUUUUACCAAUUCUCCCAUUGUCGUUUGCGGCUUUAAAGUAAAAUAUAUCUAUUUUAUAUAUUUUAUUUGUAUUUAAUUAAAUAAAUGUAUUAAUACA